GGCGGGGCUGGCGAGUUCAGGUGAGCUGUUGCUCGCCGGGGCGGCCCGCAGCGGCGGCUCCAGGGCCCAGCAUGCGCGGGGGGCCCUGCGGCCACCAUGUACGUGGGCUAUGUGCUGGACAAGGACUCUCCCGUGUACCCGGGCCCCGCCAGGCCCCCGAGUCUCGGCCUGGGCCCGCAAGCCUACGGGCCCCCGCCUCCGCCCCCAGGACCCCCGCAGUAUCCCGACUUCACCGGUUACUCUCACGUGGAGCCGGCUCCUGCGCCCCCUUCGGCCUGGAGCGCGCCCUUUUCUGUGCCCAAGGACGACUGGGCCGCUGCCUAUGGCCCGGGCCCCGCGGCCCCAGCUGCCAGCCCAGUCCCGCUGGCAUUCGGGCCCCCUCCGGACUUUAGCCCGGUGCCCGCGCCCCCUGGGCCUGGCCCGGGCCUCCUGGCGCAGCCCCUGGGCGGCCCUGGCGCACCGUCCUCGCCCGGAGCGCAAAGGCGGACUCCCUACGAGUGGAUGCGGCGCAGCGUGGCGGCCGGAGGCGGCGGUGGCAGCGGUAAGACCCGGACCAAGGACAAGUACCGCGUGGUCUACACUGACCACCAGCGCCUGGAGCUGGAAAAGGAGUUCCACUACAGCCGUUACAUCACCAUCCGGCGGAAGUCAGAGCUGGCCGCCAACCUGGGGCUCACUGAACGGCAGGUGAAGAUCUGGUUCCAAAACCGGCGGGCAAAGGAGCGCAAAGUGAACAAGAAGAAGCAGCAGCAACAGCAGCAGCCCCCGCAACCCCCACAGCCACCACCGCCAGCCCAUGAAGUCACCCCCACCACAGCUGGGCCGCCCCUGGGGGGCCUGUGCCCCAGCUCCGCCAGCCUCCUGGGCACCGCCUCCCCAAUGCCUGUCAAGGAGGAGUAUCUGCCUUAGCCCCCUGCCCAGCCUUGUGGGCCGGGGACCUGGGGACUCAGAUGCUGGGAAUGUGGCUUCUGU